AUGCUCCUCCGACUGGCCCAACUCGCCUCCCUCGCCCUUAUUACCGUCAACCCAGCUACGGCGGGCGGACCCGGCAACUCAGUCUUCUUCUCGGGUGAGCCUCCCUGCCCAAGCCUCUGUGAUGAUGCCGGACCAGAUCCCGCCAACUGGACUGUUUAUCACUCUGUUGAUCGGCUGGACUACUGCGACGCGCCGCUUGUGCUCUCCUUUGCCAUUUUUAACCUCCUCGACGAUCCGGAGACUGGAAAGAGCAUUGGGGCAUGCGCUCUGACCGCCUCCUCUACGGGAACUGAGUCCUCCCCCCGCGAGCACGAGUCUGAGAAGCGCGACGCUCGGCCAGGAGGGUUUCAGUUUCGAGAUACCUGGCGAGCAAUCGUCCGCCGCCAGUCUGACAACUCCAGCAAGAGUGAACCACUCGAACAGGAGCAGCCUAUCCAGGCUGCCUGGAAGAAUUAUGGGACCAAGUCUGCCAGCAGCGUGGACAUCGUGUCUCAGGCUGAGCAGCUCAAGUCGUUCCUCGACUCGCCCAAGAUCAAGUCUUCUGCCCAGGAACCGACGCUGUACUUCCUAUACAACUCCGAUACGCCCGCCACCCUCGGUGUUUACGCUGGCUCGGGAGUUCCAACGUCACCCCUAUUGGAGGCGUUUAACGACGUGAUCAAGUCCCGAGACUACCCAGGUUACGUUCUGGUGCAAGGCUGCGGAUUAGCAGCGCCGAAUGUUGGAGUUGUGGCCGCUUCGGGAUCAGAUAGUCUUAUUGCUGCACAGCGUGCUGUGAGACAAUGGGCGAACUCGACGUGCGUUUCGAUGGAUGGAUUCGAGUCGGACACUCUAUCGACCCGCGUGAAGACGGUCAAUAUCGGUUCCGUGGAUUCUACUAAAGAAUCCAGGGAUACUCGUACCACUUUCAAUCAGCUUCACCGACGUGCCGACUGCCGCACAGAGAAGGUGAAAUCAGGCGAUCUCUGUGCUGACCUCGCCUCCCGCUGCGGUAUAUCCGUCAGCAAUCUGCUCAAGUUCAACCCGAAAAAGGACUUUUGCACGACCCUCAAGGUCCCUCAGCUCGUCUGCUGCUCCCAGGGUGAUUUUCCAGUGCCGAAGCCUGGUUCCAACGGCAACUGUGCCACCUACAAGAUCGGCUCCGGCGACAGCUGCUGGGCCAUCACCGACAAGUACUCGGGGCUCAUCACGACCGACGACCUGGAGAAAUACAACAAGAAGACGUGGGGCUGGGGUGGCUGUGGUAACUUGCAGCUUAAUACCCGCAUCUGCAUCAGUUCUGGAAACCCGCCGUUGCCGGAGCCAGUGAAAGAUGCUGCUUGCGGACCGGUCAAGCCGGGCACGACCAUGCCGGGGCCGGGGACCGAUCUGGCGAGUCUGAAUCCUUGUCCCCUGAACUCCUGUUGCUCCGUAUACGGCUUCUGCGGCACCACCGAGGAGUUCUGUCGCCCUGUUCCGAAGGGACAGGCGCCGGGAGCUCCGCAGCCGCCCGGGGGCCCUAACUGCAUCUCGAACUGUGGCAUGGAUAUCGUCAACAACAAGGAGCCGCCCAAAGAGUUCGUCAAGGUCGGCUACUUUGAAGGGUACGGCGUAUCGCGCCCGUGCAACCGGGUCAGUAUACGCACCGUCGACAUGUCCAAGUACACGCACAUCCACUUUGCAUUUGCCACUGUCACCAAGGACAGCUACCAAGUCGACAUGGGCCCUACUAUCAACCAGUUCUCCGAAUUCAAGAAGAUCAAAGGCACUAAGAAAAUCCUGUCCUUUGGAGGCUGGGCUUUCUCUACUGAGCCAGGGACCUACCAGAUCUUCCGCGCCGGAGUUCGAAGUGCGAAUCGAGAUAAGAUGGCCCAGAACAUCGCCAAGUUCAUCCAAGACAACAGUCUCGACGGAGUAGACAUCGACUGGGAAUAUCCAGCGGCACCUGACUUGCCCGACAUUCCUCGCGGAGACCCGGCUGAAGGCGACGACUAUCUCAAGUUCCUUGCUAAACUGAGAGAUCUUUUGUCAAAGGACAAGUACUCGAUCUCCUUCGCCGCGCCGGCCUCCUUCUGGUACCUCAAGGGGUUCCCCAUCAAUAAGAUCAUGAAGGUUGUCGACUAUGUCAUCUACAUGACAUACGACCUACACGGCCAGUGGGACUACGACAACCGAUGGGCAACCCCUGGAUGCCCGUCUGGAAACUGUCUUCGGUCGCAUGUCAACAUGACGGAGACGAUGAAUGCUCUCGCCAUGAUCACCAAAGCCGGAGCGCCGUCGAACAAGGUCGUCGUCGGCGUCACCAGCUACGGGCGCUCCUUCAAGAUGACAAAGCCUGGCUGCACGGGGCCCAUGUGCAACUUUGUCGGUCCCGGGUCCGGGGCGGCCAAGGGACGAUGCACAGGCACCGCAGGCUACAUCGCCAACUCGGAGAUCCGCGAGAUCAUUGCUACGAACCCCAGUGCCAAGGUCUUCACCGACAGGAGUGAGAGUACGAUCCUGGUCUACAACGAGACAGAGUGGGUGGCGUACAUGAGCGACGAGGAGAAGAAGAGGCGCACCAAGAAGUUCAAGGAUCUCAACUUCAUGGGGACGACGGACUGGGCUAUCACGUUGGAUACGGAGGGCUUGGUCGAGCCGCCCAAAAGCGAGAUUGGGGGUGAUGAUGACUUCAUCUGGCCCGAAGCUGCCGUCGACCCUAAAAUUCAUUCCUCGUGCACGAAGCCCCACAAGGCCAAGAUCUUGGAGGCUUGGAACGAGGCGGGUGAGAUCACCAAGACUGGGUGGGAGUGGACGCGAUGGAACAAGUACCAAAACGCGCUGGAUACGUACAUUGGUAAAAAGUCAGGGCAGGUCCCGUUGCUCGGUGUCGACCACAUCUGGGGUAACCUCAAGAACCACUAUCAUGCACACAACGGUGGUGGCCAGCGGGGCAUCUACGCGUACUUCUACUGUGACGCAGAGAAAAUGCCGAAGAAGGUACAGGAUACGUUCCGUAGGAAGCCGUGCAUGUAUUCCCCUAGAAAGAAGGCUGGCACAGCAGCCAAGACGUGGCGCUUCCCGGGGAACUUGUGGUCCGAGUACUACGUCCUGCUAUGUCCAUGGUGGCUGGGCGAUAUCCCAGACGCCCCCGCGUUCGAGAGCCUCCACGCGAUAAAGGAGGAAGCGGACGGGUUCCCGACCCUGCAGAAGCAGAUCGACAGGUGGGGGAAGGUGGUGCGUGCGGCGACCAUCUACCACGAAACGGCGCACUGGCAGGAUAUUUCGUGGCCGCAUUGCGAUGGCAACGAGAUGUAUAAGCCGGAGGAUAUCGUCUCCAAGUCCAAGAACGGCGGUGACAGCGGCUAUGAAUUCAAUCUCCGGAACGCCCACUCGUGGACCCUCGCCGCCCUGGCCAUGUGGAUCAUGCAGCAGUUCAACCUAAAAGAACCCCCUAUGCCGUCCAAGCCCAUCCCCUCGAAGCCACCGACGGACUGGUCGAUCAACCCCGAUGAUCCCGAUAGCUUGGAUAAGGAAAUCUGGGUCAACCCCGUCGACGAGGACUGGUUCGACCCCGCGCGCGUCGACCCCGAUGAAUUCUCGCGCCUGAGCCAAGUCGGCCAAGGCGGAAGCAGCGUGAGCGACUGCGUCGAGAACAGCGAGUUCCAAUCCGAGGAACAGUGCAAGCCCCUAUGCGCCUACGGAGUGUAA